AUGCACGAAGCGGCGAGCAGUUUCCGGGCCGCGGACAAGAAACAACUGGCCCGCAGCGCGGGGGGUUUUGCAUUCAGCCAGGGCGCGGCGCACGGAAAGGGAGUCGGCAAGGCGUAUCUCAAGACGAUUGAGAUGAUUCCGUGCCUGAUACUACGCGGGGUACAGCUCGUCGCCGCACUCGUCGUCAUUGGCUUCUACGGCAACCGCAUCAGCAGCGAAAGGGCCGGCGGCAAGGGCAUCGGCGUGGUGUGGCUCUACGGCGUCGUCGUCGGCGGGCUGUCUGCCCUGACGGCGAUUUUGUUCGCGUUGGCAGGGGCGGCCGGCUCGAUCCCCUUUGUCGGCGGGAUGCUCAAGAUGCUCAAGGUGUAUCGUGCGUACCCGUGGGAUGCGACGCUGUGCGUGGCGUGGCUCGUGGCGUUUGGCGUGUUUGGCGGCCUGUUCAUGAAGAGGGCCGACAGUGACUCGUACAGGGGGAGCAACACGGCCGAGAUGAAGGCGGCCAUGUGGUUCGAUCUCGUGAAUGCCAAUUUCUGGCUCGUCUCGGCUAUCUACGGCUGUUUCAAGGCGUUUGUCGCGCGCAAGGCGGACCGGAUGAGGAAGCGGGCGGCGCAGAAGAUGUUUGGCGACGACCCGGCUGCUGUCUAG